AUGCAUCAUUGCAGCAUUGCUGGAAACGAAAUCGACUUUGAUAAGCAAAAGGUUGUAACACUAGGACCGCCGCGACGUGGUUUGCAACGGGCGGUUUUCGACGAAGUAUCAGAUGACAAUAACGGGUUAGCUGGAGAAUUCACACAAGUGAGGAAUGACAUCGACGCAUAUGAUGACAAAUUUGUGGAUUUACGAGGCGAGGAUCCAUUGUUUAUACCAAAGCCAUACCGGCAGGAGCAGAAGAUAGCAAAAGUGUCCACAUCAGUAGCAGGAAGAGAUAGAUCACAUAUCAUUGGCUCUUCUAUAUCAUUAACGACACCUUCACGGAUAGCCACAAGUCCGGUGAAAUUCAAUGGUCGAACUUCAACACCUGUCAAAUGGAUUGUGCAACCGCCGUUGUUUACUCGGCCGCCAAUCCUACCAUCACCACCACAACCUUUUCCACGGAAAGAAUUCCCACUGCAGCCGUCACUUCAGCCAGCAAGAAUUGUCUCUCAACAACCAUUACCAACAAUUGCGCCAUCCAGACGUGUGACAAAUCCACAGACGUCCCUGUUGAUAUCUCGAUUGCCUCAGUUUGCGAAUCAGCCACAGCAACUUCGAACCAAUUUCAUUGCAUCGGCAUCAGUAACAACAUUAGCACAUUCGAGAGAAAAAAUAUUGCCCACACAAUCGACCCCACCUAAUGUGCGGCCAACACAAUCAUUAUCUCCAGAGAGUAGCCUUCCACCACCCUUCCAUUCAAGUUCCAAUUCAUUAAGAACAGGAGUAUGUCAUGCAUCCAUUUUCUACAUAUCAACACCUAUGCAAACCACAAAAAGACAUUUCUUUACACAUUUCGCGAUGACUGUGUCAACCGAUCAAUGUGCAAGAACCUGUCAUGAAUUUAAUUGUGCCAUAGCACAUUAUGAUCCUGGAACGGGACGCUGCCAAUUCAAUCCAUCGACAGCAUUUGCAAUACGUAAAGGACAAUGUCCUCCGUGGCCUGCCACUCAUUACAAGAAUAACGUUCAAAUCAAUACUCCACUUCGUAUAUUUUGUGUGCAAUGUCAUCGAAAUUCUCGAAGAAGGAGAGUUGGCAAGCAAGGAAAUCGUUUCAGAACGGCUGUCUUGAGGACUAUCUACACUGGGAGAGUGCCGAAUUUACUACAAGGCAGUGGACUUGGGAGGAUGCAUUCAGUACUCUCAAGGCAACCGGAUGUCAUUAUUGAAUCAUCAUUUCGUAAUAUCACUUCGAAACUUGAAAAACAACAUGAGCAAACUGUAUCAGAUAACAAUAAUAAUCAAAGGUUUAUCAGUGGCAAUGAUUAUCAGUGGGAUAAGAAUGGAACAGAAAUGGAAGCAGAAAAUGUGGCCAACGAUAAUGUCGAGAAACAGCUAGAAAACGGUGAGCAUAUUACACUCAUUACUGAAAAUUAA